AUGGAGACAGGAGUGGGGCCUGCCCCAGAGCAGGGGAGCUGGCAAUGGGGGCUGCCACUUCUGCUGUUGGUGCCACAGGACCCUCAGCAGGCCCAUGACCUGCAGGAGCUGCGGCGAAGCGCCUCGCUGGCCACCAAGGUCUUUGUGCAGCGGGACUACAAUGACGGGACCCUCUGCCAGUUCCAGACCAAGUUCCCCCUGGAGCUGGACAGCCGGCUCGAGCGGCAGCUCUUUGAGGAGACAGUGAAGACCCUCAAUGGCUUCUACACAGAGGCCGAGAAGAUCGGGGGAAGCUCCUACCUGGAGGGGUGCCUGGCGUGUGCCACGGCCUACUUCAUCUUCCUCUGCAUGGAGACCCACUACGAGAAGGUGCUGAAGAAGAUCUCCAAGUACAUCCAGGAGCAGAACGAGCAGGUGUAUGCGCCCCGGGGCCUGCUGCUCACCGACCCCGUGGAGCGGGGCAUGCGGGUCAUCGAGAUCUCCAUCUAUGAGGACAGAUGCGGCAGCACCAGCAGCGGCAGCACCAGCAGCGGGGGCGGGGGGGGGCGGUGACUGGCCGGGGGUCCCUGCAGGGACCUGCACUGCCAGGACGAAGGCCUUGCUGAGCUCCGCCGGCUGCGGUACCAGAGCACCCG